UGUGGAGGGGCGUGGUUAUGGGAAAGUACUUGAAUCUGAUUGGCUGCUGGGCUCAAGGAGUUUUCAAAUCGCAGCAGCUGACGGAGCUGUCAAAACAGCCGACAGCAGGAGAGCGCGAGCGAGUCUGGCAGCGAUGAGGACGAGUGAGUUUGACUCUUCAUCUGAGGAGGACGCCGGAGACGAGCAGCUCACACCCUUCCACAUCUCCUGGGUUCCUCUGUCCGUAGUGGAGUGCUCGCAGUUUCUUGGGAUAUGUGCACUACCAGGCUGCAAAUACAAAGAUAUCCGCCGGAGUCUGGACAGAGAUGUUGAGGAGCUCCAGAUCCAGGGGGUGCAGGAAGUGUUUGUUUUCUGCACCAGAGGAGAGCUGAACAAGUACAGGGUUCCCUCCCUGCUGGAGGUGUACCGGCAGCGGGGCUUCACGGUCCACCACACGCCCUUCUUGGACGGAGACGCGCCCGAGCUGGAGCAGUGCUGCCAGAUCCUGCAGGAGCUGCAGCUCAGCCUCCAGAACAACCGCAGGACUGUGAUCCACUGUUACGGAGGCCUGGGACGCUCUGGAUUAAUCGCCGCCUGUCUGCUGCUGCAGCUCUCUUUGACUCUGACGGCCAACAAAGCCAUCGAGAUCCUGAGGGAGCACCGAGGAGGCGGCGCCAUCCAGACUGUGAAGCAAUACAACUUCCUCCACGAGUUUCGGGAAAGGUUCUCAGCGUUCCAGCAGAGCCGAGAGGGUUCCAGAGAGCGCUCCGUGUCUCGGUUUGAUGAGGAACUCCUGCUGCGGUGUUCUUAGUACGUUUUAAAUGUUUGUUAUUAAAGUGGACGAGCUUUCAGACGUGGAAA